AUGGGUCUCUCUUGUGCAUGCAAGCUACUCUUAGCCCUCGUGGUUACUGCUUACGUCUUCUCCGGGACUGCGGAAGCAUGGAGUUGGGCUUCCGUCAACUCUGGAGGCCGUUCUUCUGGUUCGAGUUCAGAUUCGCACUCGGACUCGAACCACUCUAGCGGUAAUGGCUCUACACACAAGAGUCACAAAACCACUCAAGUAGCCAUGGCCACCACAACCACACGGCUCCAUCAAAACACUCAAGCCACCAAACGGCUCCACUAA